AUGGACGCGCUGCUUGGCGGGAUUGGGCUAGCGUGUCUGAAUGUCGUCAACCUGCACCUCGCCUUUGGCGCCUUGGGCCUUCAAAAGAGGCAGGAGCGAGGCGAGGCGAGGCAAAUGCAAAUGCAAAUGCAAAUGCAGGUGCAGGUGCAGCACGCGCCGACAGGGUCUAAAGUGACGCUCAUGCCAGCCGAUGCGGCGCUCGGAGCGCGCAGCCGCGUGUGUUCUUUGGAACGGCACGCGCCGCCCGUCUGUCGCUCACUUAGCCGACGCGCCCCACACACCCUAGCCGAAUAUGUCCGCUCUAACAUCCAUACUCGCGCCGGAACUGCGAAAGACGCCGAAGAGCCACCAGCAGCAGCAGCAUCCCGCCCGGCGUCUUUUGUAGCGCUGCUGGAAGCGGUAGCCGGCUCGAGCCAACUCCUGCAUCGACGUUGGCUAGUUCCAACAAGGCUGAGCUUCGGUUGUGCAUUAGGCUCAAACCGAUGUCGCCUGCUCGCAGACGGCCGAAAGCGCAAGACAACCGUCGCCUCCCGACGAUGUGGUUGA